GGGGCUGAAGAACAAAACAAUGACACUGCUCGGAAGGAUUCAAACACAGUAACACUUUGAAAAGACUUUUGUGAAAAAACGGAAUAACGCGAAUUUCCCUCCCGUUUAAAAGCAAAACAGUCCGCUGAUAUCCGAGCUUUUAGGCAUCGCCUGCUGGUUGUUUUUGUUGAUAUGUUGUCACAGCUCAGUUGACAGACUGGGCGCUAGCUGCUUAUUUGGACGGCUAUGAACUGUUGGAGCUGGCUGGCCCGAUAAUUACGGCCUUUUCUUUGGAAAAAAAGUUGAAACUGUCCGUCGAAACCAACUAUCUGUAAGCUAAGUAUUUGUUCUUGGAUGCCAAAUUAUCUACCGAGUUCUCCAGCGACCUGUUUAGGGUCAGUUUGCUAGCUAGCCUGUUGUUAGCAUCAACAUUUGCACAUUCAUCCUUUCAGGGAGAGUUCAUUGUUUCGGUCGGUACUGGCUACCUAUACGUGUUUCUGUUUAUUUAAGAGUUUUAUUGGCUAAACGUUGAUAUAAUUUAUGUUAUGCUGCAGCUAUAAAUGCUAACUUUUGUUCACGAACAAGCUAACUGGUAAAGAGAUAUCAAGUGUAACUCAAGGAGACGGCUGUUUGUGCUUCACUGCCUCACUGUUAGCUGCACUAAUUGACGUUAUUAAAUCCGCUGAAAGUGUUUGAAAUACAUGGUGCGUACACUCGUUUGGUGUAUUUUAUUAUUGUUGAGAAGUAGUUGUCACAGCUAGAUCAGCACCUGUUACCAUGCAGCUGAUUUAGGUUGAUUUAUUCAGUGCAUUGUGUCAUUACAUUGUUAUAUGUUGUAUAUUUUUCAAAACUGCUGUUGGAAAUAGCUAGUACUUUUGCUUUUCCAAUAAGCAGUGCUUUGUAUUCAAGUAAACCUUGUAAGAAACGAUGAGUGGGCAUGGCUCAUCUUCUGAAAAGGGAGUCAAUACUAGCCUAAUAUGUCAAGAGAGUUAUGCCUGUGGUGGCUCUGAGGAGGCUGCCUUUGAGUGUGAUGAAUGCAAAAGCUUGCAGUGUGUUCGUUGUGAGCUUGAGCUCCACAGUCAGGAGCGUCUGAAGAACCAUGAGCGGGUUCAGAUAGGACCUGGGCACGUCCCUUACUGUGACAACUGUAAAGGAGGUAACGGAGACAAUGGCAAACGCCAUAGAUCUGUGGUCCGCUGCCAGAACUGCAAAGUUAACUUGUGCCAAGACUGCCAGAAACGCACCCAUGGUGGAGGCAACAAGAAGAAACACCAGCUCACAUCUUAUCCUCCACCGCCUAAACCUGCUGAGGCCAUCUCUGUCCAGACGUCUGUCCCACCAGCUGUCCAAAUAGUCGAUGAGACCAAAUCUCAGAGAGCAAAACUCCUGGAGAAGAUUUCCAGUUUUCUCUUGGUUGAUGAGAAUGAGGAGAUGCAGAUAAAAGACGAGUCUUCCUUCGUGAAGAGCCUGAGCUGUAACCCCGACCAGCUGCUGAAGGUGGUGUCCAUCUUUGGCAACACAGGAGAGGGCAAAUCUCACACCCUGAACCACGCGUUCUUCAUGGGCAGAGAAGUGUUCAAAACUUCCCCCACACAAGAGUCCUGCACGGUGGGUGUUUGGGCAGCGUUUGACCCCUUCCGUAAAGUAGUAGUCAUCGACACAGAGGGGCUGCUCGGAAACAGCUCCAAACAGGGCCAGAGAACCCGUCUCUUGCUCAAGGUGCUCGCCAUCUCAGACCUCAUCAUCUACCGCACUCAUGCCGACCGACUCCAUGACGACCUGUUCAAGUUCCUCGGGGAUGCUUCGGAUGCUUAUUUGAAGCAUUUCACUAAGGAACUGAAGGCCACAACGGCUCGCUGUGGCCUGGAUGUCCCUCUGUCCACCUUGGGCCCUGCCGUGGUCAUCUUCCAUGAAACGGUGCACACUAAGCUGCUUGGUUCAGAUAAGUCGUGUGAGUCAGUAGAUCGGCUGCUGUUGGAGCGCUUUAAGAAGCUUUCCCGUUUCCCCGAGGCCUUCAGCUCGGUCCAGUACUGGGGCACACAGACCCUCAGCCCCCCAACUGACUUCCGUGGCUUGCAGAACAAACUAGAGCAGCUCCUGGAUAACAACGCCACCAGAUCCCCACGCACCCCUGUGGUCAUCUUCAAAGCCUUGCAGGCACUGAGUGAGCGCUUUAAUGGGGAAAUCACAAGUGAGCUUGUUGCCCACAGCUGCUUCUUUCCUGAUGAGUACUUCACCUGCUCCAGCCUGUGCCUCAGCUGUGGAUCUGGCUGCAAGAACAGUAUGAACCACUUAGGAGAGGGAGUGUGCCACGAGGCAAAGCAUCGUUGUCGUUAUUCUGUUCAGUAUGAUAAUCGCAUUUACACCUGUAAGGCUUGCUAUGAAGGGGGAAAGGAGGUGGUAGUCGUCCCAAAGACCUCAGCUUCCUCAGACUCUCCAUGGAUGGGCCUCGCCAAGUAUGCCUGGUCUGGGUACGUGAUUGAAUGUCCCAACUGUGGAGUGAUCUAUCGCAGCCGUCAGUACUGGUAUGGGAAUCAGGACCCUGUGGAUACAGUUGUCCGCACUGAGAUCCAGCAUGUAUGGCCAGGGUCGGAUGGCUUUUUAAAGGACAAUAGCAAUGCAGCACAGCGUCUUCUGGAUGGAGUCAACCUAGUGGCCCAGUCUGUGUCAGAGCUCAGUGUCAAGCCUGCCAAGGCCGUCACCUCUUGGCUGACAGAUCAGAUCGCCCCAGCCUACUGGAAACCCAACUCCCUCAUCUUGGUGUGCCAUAAGUGUCACGCAGUCUUCCAGGACAAUGACACCAAGCAUCACUGCCGUGCCUGUGGGGAGGGCUUCUGCGACGGCUGCUCUUCCAAAGCUGCGCCUGUCCCCGAGAGAGGCUGGGGUCUUGCCCCUGUCAGAGUCUGUGACGUCUGCUUCGAGCAGAGAGCUUCUUACGCAGAGCUGCUCGAGGCAGAGCUCGAGGAGGAAGAAGGUGGGACCCUAGCCAGGAAGGUUGGAGAAGCAGUCACUAAUACCAUCGGGGUUGUGGUCACUGCUAUUGACAUCCCACUUGGCCUGGUGAAAGACGCCGCCCGUCCUGCCUACUGGGUGCCUGAUCAGGACAUCCUGUCCUGCCACAACUGCCAGCGCGAGUUCACUGCCAAGCUGUCCAAGCAUCACUGCCGCGCCUGUGGCCAAGGAGUGUGCGACGACUGCUCCCCGGAGCGUCGCCCGGUUCCAUCACGGGGCUGGGACCACCCCGUGCGUGUGUGCACCAGCUGCAACCAGAAACCCGGAGAACUUUAACGGGGACGGCCUUCCUUCCUCAGAGCACCGGAGAGAACCACUCACUCACUCAGCUCGCAGUCUGUCACUGCUUUACCUCCGUUACUCUAAUGGUUCUGUCUUGUAUCUGUGGAAAGGAAGUUUUUGGGCAUAUAUAUCUACGUAUAUAUAUAUCUAGGACAUUUAGCAGAGUUCCUGUGGCCUUUGUAGAACAGCCAGAACAUGUGAGUUACUUGACUGAGUGUGAAACCUGCAUUUCCACUCUGAUUAUUCACAGAGUGAAUAUUUUGAUUCUUAUUGACACGUCCCUAAUUUUACGUUAAAUAAGGCUGUUGAGCUAUUUUUCUACUAUCAGAAAAUAUAAAAAAAAAAUGUAUCAUUUAAAGAAUAAUAGUUAGUUGAGAACCCUGUGGGGUUGGUGUGGUUAGUUUUCAGCAAUUCUUAUUAUUGAGCAUUGUUUCUCUGAUGUCGCACGUGUAAUGGUAAGGAGAUAUUUUAUAUCCAUGCAGGUAUAACUGCAGGUUCCAUUGCAUGCUGUAUUGCAACAUUUUAGUUUUUGCACUAAGCCUUUUUCAGCUGUUAUAGGCUGUUGCUUACCAUGGCCAAAAUCCAGAUAUCCAGAUGAUCAAGUAACGCCUAUCAAACUGGGCUGAAAUCUACCACAGUGGGUCUAGAUUGCAGAUAUCUGGUGUGCCAAAAAAAUCAUUCAGGUCACUGUGUCUGUGCUGGCAUAAUGUUUAUAUUUUAUCAUGUGAUUUGUGGUCGUAUGAAGACAUAGAGCUAUGUUAGAGGAGUGUACAUUUGAAACAUUGAAAAUUAUUUAUGUAUUAAUGAAAAAAAAAUGUAUUAACACUCUGGCAUGCAUGAGAGAUCCAUGGCCUUUUACUCAUUCAGAGGACGGUCUCUGAAUAAACCUCACUAUCUCUUUUACAAGCGGCAAUCUAGUGUAUCCAUAUUGUAACAUGUAUGUAUUUCAUGGUCAAAUUUCUUUUCUUGACAUUUUAAUUGUUUUCUAAAAAAAAUCUUGUAUGCUUGGUUGUGUGGAUAUUGUUUUUCAGAACUGAAGAGUAUCCAGAUUUGUCUUGAAACCAGUUUUUACAUAUUACACUCACGCCUCCAGGUCUCCGUAGGCACAGACUGACAGGAUAAGGACAACUGACAACACAUUUUAGUUCUCCUUUAGCUCUUCACAUUUUCCUUUAUUGUACAUCCGUUAUUGAUGUUGUGUAUUUUCUUGAUCUUUUUUUGUUUGGCAUUACUGUAUGGAUAUUUAUAUGUAGUGACUGUAUGCCAACCACUUUUUCUUCAUUGUUUUUGUCUUCUUUUUUUUGUCAUUACACAGAAAAAUUGAUGCUCGAAUGUGGCGAUGAUGUGAUAAUUGAACCAUAUUUAGAGACUGAGAGCUUUACAUGUGGAUGUCAAACAAAGCACAAGGUGAUGCCUUUAACACAUAUGCUUUUAUUUUGUUGUUAAAAAAUUAGAAAAAAAAGGGGUGUUUGUCGAGUGUAAGCUUUGUAGAUAAAGUGAAUUCUCCCUUUGCUCCUAACGUGGAACUUUUUGGUUCUGAUGUCUGAUGAGAAAAUGUUGCGUCUGCCUUGUCCCAAAAUAGAUUUAUCUGCCUGAAUGUUGCAUCACACACACACACACACACACACCCUCCUCAGAGAUGAUAAUAUUGCACAGUAUAGAGUAGAAAAUCAUGUUACUUGUACUGAAGUUCAUUCCCAUGCAAAUGUGUGCAGAGUUGCUUCUUUGCAUUUUGUGAUGUCCAAUUUUUUUCAGUUAGCUUGGGUGCUGUCAUCAACACUUCUCACCUACAAACAAAACAAGCAGGAAUGAUUUAAAACUGUUGGAAACUAACUUGAAGCGAUGAUGUGUGGAUACUAAACUGAUGGAAGAUUUGCAUAAGAUUAAAGUUGUAUCAGCUCCCAUCUGUCAAAGACACAAUCUGGAAUUGCCUCCAUGUCUUCAGUGUGUGUUUGUGUGUUUAAAUCUCCCCAUGUCAAACCACUUACUGUGCUGCAUGUGGGAGGAAUAGAUCGUGUACACGCCUGUGUGUGCUUUGCUUCCACUCCUCUCCAACACUGCAGAUAAAAAAGUGAGGGAAAAUUAUUUGCUUGGUGCUUAUUGAUGAUGAUAAAUGAUUUAUAAAUAUUUUAAUAAAUAAUUAAACACAA